UAAUGGCUACGUCAAAAAGUUUUAAGUUUCAGCAGUUUAACUAGUGAUGAGAAAAGAAGAAAAAAAAAAAACACGAAACCUACCCAACAUACAUACUCUCAGUGGAAAAGGCGGGGGCGACUGCAACAGGAAAGCAGAAAGACGCUCGGCCGGGAGCUGUGAAGUUAAGAUUUGUGUUUUGUGGGAAAGGACUGUCAAGGAGUUGGGGGGGAGGAACACCGAGAUCUCUCCAGUAUCCAGGACAUUGGGAGCUGUGAGCGGCGCGAGGAGCAUGGACUGAUUGACAUGUUCACAGUGGAUCUUCUCUAAACUUUAGCAAGAGGGAGAUUAACUCACACAAGCAUGGAUGAAGCUGUCAUUGAGGAGGCUCAGCCCAGGGCCAUGGCUACAGAGAAGAGAAAGGCCUGGGCUCAAAGCAGAGAUUCCUGGCAAGCAUCGGAGGCAGAGGAUGUUUCAACGGAAGCCAUGCAGAUUUCUCAGGCUGUACAGGGGAAGCUACAGCUGGAAGUACCAGGAAAUAUUCCUAAUGAGAAGAUACGAACAUGGCUGAAAGACUGCAGAACACCACUAGGAGCAUCGCUGGAUGAGCAGAAGGGACUACUUUUGAAAAAUGGUGGCAGUUUUGAAGAUGAUCUGUCACUCGGAGCAGAAGCUAAUCACCUCAAUCAAAGAAACUUGCCGAUGGAACCCUCUUUCAAUGGAUUGCUGGCUAAAGACAGAAGAUUUCAGUUCCAUCAGAAAGGAAGAAGCAUGAACUCUACAGGAUCUGGGAAAAGUAGCACCACUGUAUCAAGUGUGUCAGAACUUCUUGAUCUUUAUGAAGAGGAUCCUGAAGAAAUUCUCUACAAUCUUGGAUUUGGUAGAGAUGAGCCAGACAUUGCUUCCAAAAUCCCACCAAGAUUUUUCAAUAAUUCUUCGUUUGCCCAUGGGAUAGAUAUCAAGGUUUUUCUCAGUGCCCAAAUGCAACGAAUGGAAAUUGAAAAUCCAAAUUAUGCAUUAACGAGUCGUUUCCGUCAGAUUAAAGUUCUUACAGAUGUGGCAAAUGCCUUCUCUUCAUUAUACUCACAAGUUUCCGGAACACCUCUGCAAAAAAUUGGCCUCUCUAAAUCUCUCUCCACUUCUAGUGAAGCUCCAAAGCCCGCACCUCUAAACAGAGCAUCAAGCCAGACGGCGGUGCGUCUGAUGGAAACCUUGUCAAAACUCAACCUGUGUGGUUCCAGGGGAGAAACUAAUGCUACAACACCUCCACCCGAUGAUAAAGAAAAGUCUUUUAAAGAUAUUUCAGCUCAGGAUGACAAAGCCGAACUUAAAAUGCAGAAGCCAUUUAAAAAGAAUUCUCCACCUCUGGCUACGGUAAAAGAGGAAACUUCAAAUUCAUCGCUGACUCUUGACUUAACUCCUCUUGAUGUUUGCAGUGAUUUAAAAGCAGAAAAUACUAGUAACUUGUCUGAGAGGUUGGCAGAACCCUGUAUAACGCAACAAGAUAUGCCUGACCAUCAUACUGAAUGUGACACUAGCCACGUAGACAUGUCCGGCUCUAAAGACGGUCUAUCUCUUGAUCUGGAGUCUGACAUUUCUGUUGGAGAAACAAACCCAGACACUUCCACACCAGAAAAGGAAAGCUAUGCCCAAAACAAAUCUCUGAACUUGGUGACUCAACCAAAAGAGUCAUUUGAGCUAGAAGAGUUGCAGAGCUCAGAGGAAGAACCAUCCCACAUUCCAUCAGUAAGUCGGCUGACUCUGGAAAAAAUAGGCAAAGAUAAUCUGCUGAGAACUGCAAGCCAGCAUUCUGAUAGCAGUGGAUUUGCUGAAGAUACAUCUGGAGACUGCCUUUUAAUGACUUCUGCACAGCUACAAGAAUCGUUGCAAGCCAUGGGAAGUAGUGCUGACAGUUGUGACAGUGAAAACACCGUAAUAUCGGAGUCCCCUAGAGCUACAGAUUUGCUAGAGUCCAGUGACAUUGAGAAUGAGGAAUUCUUGACACCCAGGGACCUUGCUGCUUGUAAAAUAUUUUUUGGUGAAAGUGACCUGAACAUGGCAAGCCUAAAAUCUGAGCUCCCACAAACGUCUCAGCUGGUGGAGGAGGGCAAGUCUAGUGAGGAUCUGAAUUCUUCUCCAGAAAUAAAUCUAGAUAAUGAAGAUUCUGAAUCCCAUCGAGACUGUACAGCUGACAGUGAAAUGGAGAUUGGCAGUGAAUUUGAAGUCAUUCCUUACACAACUCAUCAUAUAUCCGAAUCUAUGGACUGUUUUUCAGAUUAUGAUGAUGAUCUACCAGACCUGAGUAAUUCAGACUCUCUAGAGCGUGUAAAUGUAGCAUUACAAAGGGCACAAAUGAAAGUACUUUCUUCUGAAGCAAGUGGGCGGGUAGGGCGAAGUAUGAUUACAUCAAAGGACUUGUUGAAACGCAGACACAAGUAUGCCAACUCAGGUUACCCAUUGAGAAGGACCCAGUCACUACCCUCGGCACUGUUGAGCCCAGUGAGGGUUGUAUCUAAAGUGAACAUAGUUGUAUCAUCUGGAAAGGCAACAGUUUGCAGUCCUCCUUCAUUUUCCUACAAGUACACACCAGAGGAGUUGGGGUCCAUUGAAGAACCAGAUGAAGAUGGAAACACGAACUCUAAAUCUGCAUUUUCAAACUCUCCAAAGUCAGAGUCUAGGGAUGUCCACAAAAGUGAUGUUAAUAGGGUGCCAGAAGGUGCAAAUCAUAGGCCCCAUUCUUGCUCGAUGAAUGCUCCAUCAAAUAGGUCACAAUCAUCUUGUUCUCUUCAUUCGCUUCAGUCGGACUGGCAUGAAAGGCCAUUGUGUGAACAUGCAAGAACAUGGAGCACACACAGCGUCCCUAACUUUUCCGGCAUGUCCUGUGGUUCUUUAGUUUCGCCAUUUGCAUGUCCACUGUCCCAUCGGUUUACGUAUGGACCUGUUCAUAGGUCAUGCUCUGGGUGCACACUACCUAUGUCUUCUCCUCCAUCUACUACUGAAAUGCAACUGCGCAGAGUACUUCAUGAUAUAAGAAGCGCACUACAAAACUUUUCGCAGAAUCCUGUUGUAAGAGGUAAUGAUGCAGUUUCUGGUAGCUACAAUUCCCAGAGAUCCUCCAUCCUACCUCUUUACGAGAAUACAUUCCAAGAGCUGCAGAUAAUGAGGAGAAGCUUAAAUCUCUUCAGAACACAGAUGAUGGAUUUGGAACUUAACAUGUUGCGUCAACAAACAAUGGUCUAUCAACAUCUUACUGAAGAUGAGAGGUAUGAAGCGGACCAGCUACAAGUUUUGAGAAACUCUGUACGAAUGGAGUUGCAGGAUCUGGAACUGCAACUUGAUGACCGACUUCUAACUCUCGAAGAGCAGCUGAGAAAUUUUCAAGUUUCUUCCCCCUUUCAACGUCCUUCAUCAAUGGGAAUGUAUGGAGGAAGAAGCACGGAUAACCUGAUGUAUGCCUCUCCUUUGAAUGUGAUUGAACCAGUGAAUGAACUAAUUCGAGAACAGACUCAUCUGAAAUCCGAGUUGAGACUUGAAGACUUGGGUGAAGAAACAGGAGCAGAGCGCUGUGAAUCUUUUUCACAAGCUGCUUCUGACUCUUCUUCGGUUUCCUCAAGUCCACUUAAUAAAAACAGGAGAGGUUUUAUAAACUCUGAUCCAAAUGAUAAAGCUAAAUCUCAGACCCCACCAAGCAAAACUGUGUUCAGAGCUUCAGUAGCGUUGACACCAAGCGCUCCUGUUAGACCUGGAGUGUCUCCAUUUAUUAAUCUGGAUUCACCAGAGGCUUCUGAGAAGUGCAAAGAAGAGUCACCAGAAAGAACGGAACCAGUUCCCUCAACGUCCACAACAGAGGAGAGUCCCAGGUGGACUGCUGAAGAGAACAAAGAAUUGCAACAAGUAAUUCGAGAAAUCAAAGAAUCUAUUGUUGGCGAUAUCAGACGUGAGAUUGUGAGUGGACUUCUUGCAGCAGUGUCAUCUCCAUUGCGGUCAUCAGAUGGAAAAACAGAUGGGAGAAUUUGAAAAAGGCAAGUAACAAAUCCAGCUUUAAAAGGGAAUGCAUGAAGAGUGAGGGAUGGGUAUUGCCAAAGGAUGAAAUCUGGUCAAC